UAUUCGGAAGCACGGGAGAGCCCGUGUGAACUAGGGCCGGCCGGCACACGGUAGGCAUGGCUUUGGUUACAGAAUGGAAAAGAACACACCUGUAUUUCUUAGUCGGCACGUACUGUUUUCAUAAUACGUCCUCGGCCGACUUUCACCACAAUGUUGGUUGCCAAGCAUGAUAGUCUUAGGACACGUUGGAACACAGUAUGUUUAAUGUGCGUGAACGGAGAAAUAGUUCACUUCAUCCAUUCGCAAUAGUUGACCGACUCGAAUACGCACCUUUCUUUCAUAUCCCAGUUCGAUAAUGGGUGCUGAGUUCCGAGUUCAUCGCCGAGCGCUCACUAAGAUCAAAAGCUUCCGAACAUACACGCGAUGGCACCAAGUCCUUUCUGUUUCUGCUGGAAAUACAAAGCGGACGCUUCUCUGCUCUCGCAGCGGCGGUGUCCACGAAGUCGCCGCGGCUGAAGAUGCACUUCACGCUUGCUUCCGAUUCAUUUUGCUUGCGAGGAGGAGAGCGGGGCAGCGCGCUGGUUCGAGGCUACGUUCCUCCUUGCAAAGUUCCGUAAGCAGGCUUUCCUGCGGCUAGUUUGAGCUAUCCACGAUGGCGGACCUAGAGCUAGAAUCGUAAUUAGGGUGUCAGCAUGCGGGCUGCUGACACACAAUUCCCGCUGCCUUCCCUCCCUCGCACCAUCGAAACUUUGAAAACGCGUGUCUCAGGUUUAACAGUUCUACUAGCUGGAACGCGGCCAUCUUGGUUAGGCCAAGUUAGCUGUGUGGGAAAGCCUGCUUAUGAAAUUUCGGAUAUCCCCUAUUAAAGCACAUAUAGUAUUUAGAAAGGGGUGCAGGGCACGGGCGCAGGGCAUGAAAUUUCUAGCACACGAGUGGGUACUUUGCGUAGUAAGCGGCUUCAGUAUUUCCGAUAGGUACAUAUCCUCCAUUGCUGCUAAAUAAGUGUUAAUUAAUCAGUUAAUAUAUUUAAUCAUCGCAUAUAGAUCCCGAAUGCCACUGCCAAGAAUGAUGUGUUGUUGUUGUGUUGUUAAGGAUGAAUCUGUGUCGUGCUGUGUUUAACAUUCACGAGAAAUUCUCCUUUGGAACACCUCUGUUAUACGAGUGAUACAACGUACGGUCUCAGAAUGCCUUCUUCAGGCGUUCCCCUCCCUCCUCUUUUUACCCCCCGUCUCUCACCACACUUUCGUUGUCUGGGAGCUCUGGUUACAUUUGCCGAAGCUAAAGAGGUGCGACCUGUUACAUAAUUAUCAUGUAACAACUAGCUCGCGCGGAAAGAAGCCGAAAAGCUCACGACACAAGUUGACACCGGACAACUUUCACUCGCAGUGCACUGCGAUGUCGGGCCUUGUGGUUUGCCGCGACUUACGGAGGGCAUUUUUCAGCUCUGCUGGCGAAGCUGAACGUAGACCUCGAACAAGAGUGACUCCUACAGUGCUGAAAGACUGAGCGGGAAAAGUAGAAAAAAAAGGAAAGAAAGAAAGAAAGAAAGAAAGAAAGCGAAUAAAAAAAAUCCCACAAUAUAGGAGAGGGAGGUGUUUGAGGAGGUCAAUAAGGACGCAUUUGUUCGGGCAACACCAAGAGCACUUUCACUGCUUGCUCUGGUGACCGAGGAAAACAAUGAAUAACAAGUUCGCCCAAAGCACAAGAGUUUCCGACAGACGAUUCUCUGGAAAAAAUAAAGAACUAACCUUGGUGCGUACGUGCUUGGAACUGCCCCUUUCAUUUCGAAUACGACGCCGCCUCCGCUUAAGGCGCUUGCGGAAACCGUCAAUUACUUCGCGUAAAGGGAACGCGGAUAUUUGACUGCGCCCUUUCCGAACGAUUUUCGGUUGCGCUACAGCUGAUGCCAAGAAAAAAAGAAAGAAAGAAAAAGAUUUAAAGGGCAUACAUAAAAAAAAAGAAGAGAGCAGGGAUCGGCAUUGUUCUUCCUUGUUUCUUUUUUUCGUGACCAGUCAGCUGUUUCGAACCGAGCAGAUCGGCCACGCUCUCACUGAGGGGCGCCUCGACGACAUCUCCGAGGACCACGUGGCCGCCACGCCUGUAGAACGCGGAGACGCGGUACAACCCCCGUAUAAAAGCGAAUUGUGAGGAAAACGGCAGUGAAGCUUGCCCAAGCGCGGCCAGCGUGGAAACCAUGGGCCGUGCGCCGAAGAUACUACGGGUUUCCUUGUUUCUUCUACUCUGUUCGUGCGAAUCAACGCUGUGCAAAAAGAGCAAUGGUCCUUUGCAAGAGUCCGUCGCCAUAGCCUCGUCGGAAACGAAAGCGGUGGAAAGCGAAAGUAAGCUCAGCAACGAUCUCGUCGCCCUAGAAACGGGCUACGGGGGUUACGGAGGCCACGGAGGUCACGGCGGUUACGGAGGUCACGGCAGCCACCACGGCGGUCACGGAUACGGGCACGACAACCACGGCUAUGGCCACGGCAGCCACGGUCACGGCAACAAGCACUACGGGGGUCACGACAGCGGUCACUACGGUGGCCACGGCCACCACGGAAACCGCGGCUACGGAGGCUGGGGAGGGAGCCACCAUGGGGGCCACUCCAACCACGGUGCAUACGGGGGUCACGGCCACAGGCACGGACACUGGAAGCACCACGGUCAGCACUGGAAGGACCGCGGCUAUGGCCACGAACGCAAAUGGGGCUGGGACAGAGGGGGUGGGAGCCACGGAGCAUACGGGGGACACGGCGAGGGCCACGGCCAUUGGGGACACCACGGCAACAGGGGCCACUACGGCGGACACAAGCACGGCCACCACGGGCAUGACUCGUACGGCGGCCACGGUCAUUACGGAGGACACAAGCGGGGACACUACGGCGGCUCCAACCACGGGCAUGGUCACCACGGCUACGGGCACGGCAACAGAGGGUACGGCCACGACCACUACGGCGGACACAAGGGACACUACGGACACCAUGGAGGAGGCUACGGGCAUGGUUAGGUUCGGCUUGAUACGACAGAGACGCCACAAUACGGAAAGUUCGCCAAAACGCUCUACCUUGUUAUUUAUAGCACACGGGUAAUCGACUUCAAUAAUAAAAGAAAUAUUACAAUCGAAUAGUUUACCUGCAUUUUAUACCCAUCUAUUUUAAGAACUAUUCAUACAUUUGCCGAACAACAGGCCUUGCGGUGUUGUCACA